GGACAAAACAUAUAUACACACACAGACUUGCUUCCGGUCCUAACGUAACCCAAACAAUAUCUUGAAAAUGAAACUGAAGAAUCUUUCGCCACUGUUCUGGUUUCUCCUUGUAGGCUUUCCUGUUGUGUUUGCACCAUGCGGGAAAACUGGUUUCUUUAAACCAAAUCAGCAGUACGACAAAAACGGUCGCAUUCUUCUCUCUUCUCUUGCUUCUAAUGUCUCAGCUCGAGGCGGCUUCUAUAAUGCUUCGGUUGGACAAGGAACCGAUCGGGUGUAUGCUGUGGGGAUGUGCAUACAAGGUGCUGAACCAAAGGUUUGCUCAAACUGUAUUGACCUUGCUUCUAAAGAGGCGAUUGAGACAUGUCCCAACCAGACAGAAGGCCUUGUCUGGCCUGAAAAUGGGAUUCUUUGUAUGGUACGUUACUCCAACCGUUCGUUUUUUGGAUCGCUCGAGAUGCAACCAAAGUAUAUUCUGUAUAAUGUUGGAGAUAUCAAAUAUAGAUCUAAUUUAACAAUGUUCGAUACAUUGUGGGAGGACUUAACAAGUCGUAUGAUAGCUAGAGCUACUUCAUCGUCAUCUGAACGCAAGUACUAUGCUGCUGAAGCAGUACCUUUGUCAUCAAUCCAGAACAUAUACGCAUUAAUGCAAUGCAUUCCAAUCAUAUCUUUAAGGGAUUGCAACAUAUGUUUAAGUCAAAGUGUCAGAGACUAUCAAUCAUGUUGCCAUGGGAAGCAAGGUGGCAUUGUUUUCCGUCCCAGUUGUGUUUUCAGGUGGGAAAUUUAUCCCUUUUCUCAGGCUUUUAACCUUACUUUGUCACCUCCAGCUCAAACGCCAACAUCUCUCCCGCCUUACCUAGGCCACAAGACCAAUACAACCAAGAGAGGUAUAGUUGUGGCAAUCGUUGUUCCCACCAUAAUUAUUAUCGUCUUGGUAUUACUUGCUUUAGCAUUAUUUACUCACAAGAUGAGAAAGUCAAAUCAGAAAGGAGUUUCCUUGAAGAGCUGAACCGAUCCAGACGGUUCUUUUCUUUGCUCAGUUGAAGAUCCAACGAUCAUAUCCAUCUUACAUAUAAGUCCAAGGAAACUGCUACUUCUGUAACAUCAAGUUGAUUCUGGUUCUGUUGUUAUCUUAGUUAAUUACUUUCUUCUUUUUUUUUGGGCAAAAGUUAAUUACUUUCUAAAUUUACAAUUUACAAGAGAAAAAUAAGAGUACAUAUUGAGUUAUUACUCAAUACAAAAAUAUUCCUCCAACUCUUUAUAUAAAUGAUGGACCCUUGCAAAAGGCUUAAGCAAUAUUCUUGACUUGAU